AUGUCAAGCCUGCGGGGCCUGUACGGCCACAAGGGCGACACCGCCGGCCAGGACAAUCUGGGCGUCGACUAUGUAAUCUGCUACAAGGUCCCUCCCAAAGAACGCGCCGAAGCCGAGGCCGGCUUCGUGCAGGUCGUCGAGUCCCUCACGCGCGUCGGCCUCGCCACCGAAGUCCGCAGCGGCGACUCCGACUCCCUCCUCCUCUUCGUCAAGGCCGCCUCCCCGGACCUGCUCGCCCGCCACGUCUACCGCUCCCGCCUGCAGGACUGGCUCGGCGGCGUGCGCACCUCCGGGCCCGAGUCGGACGUCUCCCGCUCCCUCCGUGACGAGCCCGUCACCGAGGCCGAGCGCCUGCGCAUCGUCUACCAGAUCAUAACCCGGCCGCAGAACGAGGGCGGCGCCGGCAUCAGCGACUCCGCCUCCUCGGGCCCCUCCAAGCACGUCGCCGCCGUGUUUCCCCUCCACGACCAGGCCUUCAACAAGGCCUGGAUCCAGAAGUGGAGCGGAAAGUACACCAUCGACCAGUCCGACAUUGACGAGAUCCGCGACAAGUUCGGCGAGGACGUCGCCUUCUACUUUGCCUUCCUGCGGAGCUACUUCCGCUGGCUCGUCUUCCCGUCUGCCUUUGGCUUCGCCUGCUGGCUGAUCCUGGGGCAGUUCUCUUUCGUCUACACCCUCGGCAUUGGCCUCUGGUCCGUCGUGUUCCUCGAGUACUGGAAGAAGAAAGAGGUCGACCUCGCAGUCCAGUGGGGCGUGCGCGGCGUGUCCGCGAUUCAGCAGCACCGCCCCGAGUUCAAAUGGGAUUUCGAGACGGAAGACGCCAUCACGGGCGAACCGAGAAAGGUCUAUCCGCACAGCAAGCGCCUGCAGACGCAGCUGCUCCAGAUUCCGUUCGCUCUAGCCUGCGUGUUUGUGCUGGGCGGCCUCGUUGUUAUCUGCAACUCACUCGAGAUCUUCAUCAACGAGGUCUACGACGGGCCUUUCAAGCAAUAUCUAGCCUUCUUGCCUACGGUCCUCCUGGUCGUCUUUACUCCUACCUUCUCCGCUGUCCUUAUGGGCGCAGCCAACGUCCUGACUGACAAGGAAAAUUACGAGACCACGGACUCCUAUCAUGCGGCCCUGGUUCAGAAGCAGUUUGUACUGAACUUCAUGACAUCGUAUAUGGCCCUGUUCUUCACUGCGUUUGUAUACAUUCCAUUCGGCGAUAUCCUACUGCCGCUCCUCGAGUUCUGGCGGGCGACGGCGCAGGUUGUCACCUUUAGCGACAAGGCGCUCCCGACGCAAAAAUUCCAUAUCAACCCGCAGCGAAUCAGCAGCCAGAUGUUCUAUUUCACUGUCACGGCUCAGAUUGUCAACUUUGCGACCGAAGUAAUCGUUCCCUACGUCACGCACAAGGCCACCGCCAAGGCCAAAGAGCUGCAGGGCAAGAAAGCCCCAGCCAACGAUCCGGCGGAAGAGGUAGACUUUCUGAGGCGAGUACGCGAUGAGUGUGAGCUAGAGGCGUACGAUGUGACUGGAGACUACAGGGAGAUGGUAAUGCAGUAUGGCUACCUUUCGCUUUUUUCGGUUGCCUGGCCGCUCGCGGCGUGCUGUUUCCUCGUCAACAACUGGGUUGAAUUGCGGUCAGAUGCGCUGAAGAUUGCCAUCAGCUGCAAGCGACCUAUCCCGUGGCGAUCCGACUCCAUCGGCCCCUGGCUCACUGCCAUCGGUUUCUUGUCCUGGCUCGGCAGCAUUACGAGCUCUGCCAUUGUGUAUUUGUGCAGCGGCUCGCGCAACGGAGCCAGAGGAACGACGUCGCAGUUCACAGCGUGGGGCGUGCUCCUCAGCAUCCUGCUGGCCGAGCACUUCUACCUCGCCGUGCAGCAAGCCGUACGAUACGUCAUGGGCAAAGUGGAAAGCCCAGGCCUCCAGCGGGAGCGCAAGGAAAGAUACCUAAUGAAGAAGAAGCUCCUCCAAGAGAACCUGGGCGAGGAUGCAGCGGAGAAGGCGUCUGCUCCAGGGGUCGAGACGACGGAAAAGAUCACCAGGGCAACACUCGAGGAGGAAGCUCGCCAGGCAUCCGUCCGAGGGCAAGGGACAGCAGAAGAGAUGUUCUGGCAGCGCCAAAGAGGCAUGCAAGAAACAAUAUUGAUCGGCCGCAAGCUGAUUGCACAGCAAGCAGGGCGAUCCGGCACCAAGUCCUAG